CUCUUCCACUUUGUACAAUAAGCAUCCUGUCGCGAUACAUGUUAAUCAUACAUUUAAUCCUAUAAUUGCGUUUUCUCGGACAUCAAUCGAGGUCAAUUCCAUCAGUCCAACGUAAUCUCACGAACGUAUCGCGACCUAUCUCGCAUUCAAAUCCCACCUCCAGCCGUUAAUAGCCAUCAUGUUACGAUUAUCUCGACGCCUUCUCCUUUCCCGCAACGCCAUCCACCCCCCUCCAUCCUCCCACACCCGCCCAUUCCACCCCGCCCCGCUACGCCUCUCCUACAAAGACGACCAAGACCGCACUACUCUCAAACCCCACUCGACCGAAUACACCGGUUCCGGCACCGACGACGAAGCCGCACACACGGCCGAGGCCUUCGACCCCUCGGAUACCUCCCCCGAGUCGGAGAUCAAGCGGAAGAACGGGACCGGCCGAAAUAAGGACGAGUUGGAUGUGAGUCCAGGGAAUAAGGAGCUGAGCGAUAGUCAGAAGAGGUGGAUUUUGAAGGAGGAUAGCGCGAGGGCGGCGGGGGAGAGUGAUACGGGGCCGAGUAAGUCGGGAGAUGCGCCGAAGGAAGGGGGGGGGCAGUAUGGUGGUUAGGGUUGGGGAUAGACCACUCGUUGCCAAAUGUCACGUAGCUAAGGGGAUAUUGGCUUGUCGAAUUGCAUUGGGUAUUUUGCAUUAGUGUCUCAAAGCGUAUGUUUCUCCCGAUGUUAUAUUUUCUCUACUCUUACGCUAGCUUCUCAAACCAUAUAA